CGAUCAUAUUAAGGCUGCUAAUGCGCAAGCGCAAGAGCAAGACACAAUCGUAACAGAACGGCGAGACUCAACGGGCGGAAUACUACAGUUCAGAAUUCCUACUCAUAAGGUUGAUGGAGACGGAGAACUAGAUGGGACAGCAGGGGAACGUCCAGUAGGUGAUGGUGUAGCUGAUGAUGACCAAUGGCCGGCAGUCCCUGUGGAAUCGUUACCCGCCUGUGCGUCUGGUAUUCUUCCUAACACGGUCCCGGCUUCUACAUCAACACUAGGAGGUCCUCACAUGCCGUAUUACAUGUUUGUCUCGCAUCGGAGUGGGAAAGCGCAUUUUGUGAAGAAAACACUGGAAGCAGCAUUGCUCGUUCCAAAUGCGAAGAUGGUAUUUUCUCUCGACGUUGCAAACGCGAAGGCGAAGACUUCACGACCUUCUUCAGGAAAGAUUAAGGCCGCUUCGCUCCAUGAUGACGUUCGUUAUAAGAUGGAUACCGAGAAGAGCGGAUUUUCAAAUAUGCUCCAUGAUAAUGUUCGUUAUAAGAUGGAUAUCGACUGUUUCUGAGAUGGAUAUCGACGAAGACGAGGCUCUUCUUCUCUUUUCCGGUUCUGUUCGUUAUAAGAUGGAUAUCUAGAAGCCUUCUAAGUACUGCUCUUCUCCGGCGCCUGGUCCGUUGAAGCUAGCAUUUAAGAUCCACGUACUGACGGACCGACGGUUGGAGCCAACGUUCUUCGGCCGACGAACUCCAGAUGCUAUCCUGCUCUGUCUCGGUCUGGCGUCGGACUUCACGGACACAACUUUGGUUGACACUUCUGUGCGAACAAACGAGAAGUUGACAGACAGAAGAACAAACGUCGAACAGCGUAGUACGAAAAAAUCCGUCAACAAGACUUCUGGCUCUGACUUCGUCGUCGACGUCGAACAGGCGACCUGUUCGAAAUCAUCUUCGAGUUGCUCUUUAAAUGACCCAACAUUGGUUGACUCUUCUGCAGAAGAGCAGACGAGAAGUUGUUUUGGGAUGCGGUCUAGACCGAAGUCGGUGCGGUUCACGAGUACGUUGGAACUGCCACCGCUCGGCGCAGCAGUAUUGGACUCUUCCCGUGAGUCAGCGGGCUCCGGUGAAACUACUACAGGUAAGGCAUUUAUUUUACGAAGAAACAGGGCACAUGGAAAGUUCCGCAGGAGGAGGCGAAUCUUCAAGAUCUUGAGAAGCAUCUACUUAAAGAUGGAGUUCGGAAAGACCUAUCUAGUAGAGCGUCUAAUACUAGCAUGCCCAGAAGGGACCCACGCGCACGACGCCGCGCAAGCGGCUUUCCUCGCUCCGUUAUCUAUGGCUGGUUUUUCACUUUUGUUCCAUGUGAAAUUCCAUAUUGAGUCGGUGUGGACUCUGCUGAGUGGGAGUGGAGUCCGCCCCUUUGGUUUCUUCAAGGGGAAAGAAACUAAGAGAAAUGAAAGGGGAAGAACCUCCCUCCACUUACUUAACCAAAAAUGCAUACUUAGACUAGCUGGUGCUAAAAUCUGGAACGCUGUCGAGGAAUUGAAAAUCUCGGGAGACGAAUAGGGCUUGAGUAUGACGAGUCCAGCUCGGGUUCCAGCAGUGAUUCUUCAGUUUAUGCGAGCACUAUUACGGAGAAUUUCUGAAAUACAUCUUAUUCAGCUUCUUGGUCCUCCUGCUCUUUCCAAAGGAAAAUGAACGGACACCAAGAUGCUCUUUACGAGAUGGAUUUCUUCUAGGUCUAACACUAGCGCAAUUAGUAGAAACGCUCAGGACGACGUGAGGGUGAGAAAUGCACGGAAAGGAUCAGGUGAACAAGACCAGUCGCUGCGAGUGAGUGCGCUUCCGAAAGCUAUCUUUGGUCUCGAAUUUCCUGUUGUCGAAAUGGAUCGGGUUCUAUUUUGCAAGAUCCCAAUUAUUGAGCCCAUUGUUGAGGGAGAAGAGGAGGGCGAAAAUCAAAAUUCUUUCUUGAUGGCAGGACAGGAACUCGUCACCUGGCCACUCACGUUUCAAGGAAGUAGGUGUGCUGCGUCAAGAAGUGCCGCAAAUUCUUCUGCUCCAUUCUUGCCUCGAUCCAAUCUGGAAGAACAUACUGCGGCCAUUACGCAUGAGAACGGUGAGGAGUCGGGAGAGGUAGUCAUGCAGCUCAUGGCCUUUACAGCGUCUCGACAGUGUCAACAAGAAUGUAGUCAUGCAGCUCAUGGCGUUUAGUUAAGGCUUCCCCUAAUCCAUCCCUGUUUAGGGAUCCCUCAAAGACAGUAUGCGCCCCAAUACAAGGGAGAUACUGACGCAUAUGCUUGAGGGAUUUCCACAGGGAUGAAUAGGGGAGAGCUCUAAUUUAGGGCAUCUCGAUUCUGUCCAGAACAUGUUACGUAGUCGCCGCAAACGGCGAAAACGAAAGUCACCACCAAGAAUCUGGCGUCCUUAGUCAGUGUUAGUGCCAGGUUUCGCGCGUCUCCACAUUAGCGUCGCGAGCGUCUCCACGACGUCAACACUUUCGUCUUGCACAUGUGGCAGUGGGUACGUCUACGUCAGUCAAUGUUACUUUGGGGAGCUGUGGUGCCCGCGUCUACGACCUAGUCGACGUCGACAAAUUUGUUAUUGUUCAUCCGGGAUGACCUUUUCCAUAUCAAAUGUCUUUGCGCAUACUCAGGGCAGGCUACAUUCACAUCCAUAUGAAUCGGCAUGGGAUAAUUGAACCGCUACAUGUAUGUCCAGCUUCUUUGAAAAAUAGAAUACGUGAUUUUCAGUUGAUCUCAUUCCGCACGACGCUUCCAUGCAACUACGGUG